AGAAAGAAAAUAAAUAAAUAGAUCUUUUCAUUUUGGUGCUCGGAGAAGACGACCUUGAAAGCUGAAACCAUGAACGUAGAAGAAGAGGUUGAGCGACUCAAACAAGAAAUAAAGAGGCUUGGCCAGGCCCAGCCAGAUGGCUCUUACAAGUCACAAGCUAAUGUACUUUUGGAAUUUGUCACCAAUCUCUUGUGACGAAAAAGACAUGGCUUGUAUUCUGAAGGUCACUUUUGGCACGCUGUUUAAUGAUGAGCAAUGUGCAAAUAUAUUUGAGGCACUUGUGGGGACACUACGAGCAGGGAAGAAGAGGAAAGUAGUGGCAUAUGAUGGCGAGCUUCUGCUUCAAGGUGUCCAUGAUAAUGUCGAGAUCACGCUCAAGCCAACUGAUGCACCUGUGAAGAGUUAAAGAGUACUCUUAGUCCUGAGAAAUUCUUGGGAAUAAUAUAAUUCAGUACAUUCAGUGGAUGGGGAUUCAGUCUGCACAAGUAAGGCUUUAAGCUUUAUUAUAGUGUUGAAAAUAAUCCUUGACCAUUCCUUGUGUGUUAUAAUUUCUCUUCUGUUGCUUGAGUCUCUUAUGGUUUGUGUAAUGCCAUUUCAUGUGUGGACAAGUGUUUGUAUGGUAAGCAACUCUCAUUAAGUGAGUUUACUCAAAACCACUGUGAGUUUGAGCUAAAUAUGAGUGUGAGAAAGAUGACAUAUCAGAAUGGUAACAAUUAUGAUGUGUUAAUCCACGUGAUUCUUUUCA